CUAUAGCUUUUUAUGUGGAUAAAUCCAGUGAUGGAUGGAAAUACUAAAGGCAGAUCAAGGAAUAACACUGUUGAGGACUUCAGAUGGCAGCGAACUCUUAAAAGGAGAUUUUCACUAAUAAAUUUUUUGCUCUGAUGUUUGGAAUCAGCGCUUGGAUAUAGCUCCUGCAUAUUUACUGCAUUUGGUGAACGCAUGCUUUUAGGAAAGCGCUGUUCUAAAUUUAUCUGACUUAUCUGAAUCAUCUUGACUGCACAUGUACUUGCCAGCCAUGCAUGUUGAUAUUUGGUAACUUUUGUGAAGUCACUUUUCUGUUUUCUAAGUGGGUGAGUGUUAGGUUCUUGGGAAAAGAAUCUUAGCUGACGCGAGAAACUUCUUUAAAACAAGAAUAAUGAAGUACUUGGCCAAAGAGAGCUACAGGCGUUAUCAGUAACUAUUUUGAGAAGACUUUGACCCCUUUUGCUGCAUCUGUACCUUCUUUCUGCCCUCUUUGUGUAAAGACAGACCAGUGGAUUUUUUACAGGAUUCUGAAAUUUUGCCAAAGGAAACUCAAUCAGAUUUAAGCCUUCACGACUGCUCCUAAGGAAGAGAGCAUUAAGUUUUCAGAAGGAGUUCUCCCUUGAAGAUAAAGAAGAACUUGCGAACAGCACAAAGGAUAUUGAUGCUAAUCUCUUAGCAGUACUUCCCAAAGUUUCAGAAUUAAGAAAACUCUUUGAACCAAACAACCAAGAUUUUUUGGAAAUGAAAAGAAAAGAAAGAAUAGCUAGGCGCUUAGAGGGAAUUGAGAAUGAUACACAGCCUAUGCUUCUACAAAACUGCCCAGGAUCAGUCACACACCGUUUGCUAGAGGAAGAUACACCAAGAUAUAUGCGAGCAACUGACCCAUACAGCCCCCACUUAGGAAGAUCAAAUGAAGAAGAGGAAACUUCAGACUCUUCUGUAGAGAAACACCCCAGAUCAUCCAGAUACCGAUCAGAAACCAUAGGAGGUAAUACAGAGCCCUUGUACAGUACAGCAAACAUGGAUGUCCAGGAACUAGAGUCAAAAGCAGAGAGAAUAGCUAGGUACAAGGCAGAGAGGCGACGCCAGCUGGCAGAAAAGUAUGGAUUAGCUCUUGAGUCUGACUUGGAUUCUGACUACUCAUCCAGAUAUACCCGGGCAAGGAAAGAUCCUGACAGCGUGGAAAGAAAGGGAGUGAAAAGUGAAAGGCAAGAUGAUGAAAACAAGGACUAUGGCACCCUCUAUUUUUCCAGGACUGAGACAAAGUCAUCAAAGAGUGUGAUUUCUGACUCCAAAGAGUACUCCAGCCGUGAAGAUAAAGAUGACCUCUCAAAUGAAAAGGGUGUUAGAAAAGCAGAUGACAGUGCCAUUAGACAGGCUUCUGAGCCUUCAGCAACCUUGGAUAGUUCUGUCUCCCUUUCCCUUUCUGGACGAGACUCUUCCUGCUAUAAUGAAGUGCCAAUGCCACCAAAGAAAGCCCCCCGAGAGACCCUCUCUUCACCAAAGCGGGCAGCCUCACCCACCCACUUGCAGAAUGACCAGCCCUUGCACAGUAACAGCAGACAAAGUAGUGCAGGGAAAGCAAAACCUGAAUGGUUUCUUCAGAAAGAUUCGGAAGGGGACACACCUUCACUUAUCAGCUGGCCCUCCAGAGUAAAAGUUAGAGAGAAAUUGGUGAAAGAGGAAAGUGCUCGUGGAAGCCCUGAACUUGUCACAGACACAGUAUCUCAGAGAAAAUCCCAUCCAGUGCCAGCCCACUACAUGCCUCUUCAGACAGAAACGUCUGCCUUUGAUAGGGUUAUAAAUCAGCCCGUCAGUUCCGUCCGCCAGCCAAUCCAUGGCUAUAUCCAGCCUGCUGGCAUUGCUCACACGGCUCAGCUGAUGGCAGCAGGAGAACCAGCAAACAGCCCUGCUGGCAGCCUCCUCCCGACAGACAGCGCCAGCCUGGGAGCAAAGUCCUCAGCAGCCACUGCCUCAGAGAGUGAAAGGAAGGAAGCACCUGGUUACGGAGCCAAACCUGCUGAAGAAGAUUCCUUGGAGGGUGAGCAGGCCUCCAAAGGCAGAAGGCCCAUUCUGCCAUCUGAGAUUCGCAAGCAAGGGAAGAACCACGAAGGCCUCUUUGGAGGAGAAGAAUUGGAGACCCCUGUGGGGAGCUCCUCCUUUGCGAGCAAGCCGAAAGUGAACUCAGAAGUUCAGAGGGAGUUGGAAUGCAAUAAGAGGCAGGCCCCAGAGCAGCACUUUAAGACCCCUGAGAACGUAGAAAGGAGUGAAGCUGUUAUGUACAUACAGAGCGGAUCUGUACUGCAGCCUGACAAGGCAAAGGCUCCUGUUUGGAAAGUGUCAACAAAGCAUAAGGUCCUGACUCGCUCCAUGUCUGACUAUACUGUGACUACUAAGCUAGAACCUUUUAAAAGUAAGGAGAGCAUGGAAGCAAAUCCACCAAAUGGUGAGAUUGGCAUGGUUGACACAAAAGUCUCUGUUGCCCAGCUCCGUAAUGUCUUUCUGGAGUCUGCUAAUGCCAACAAGAAAACGGAACUUGAAUCUCGGUUUGAGCUGUCGGCAGCAGGUAGUACUGUGUCUGCCAAUGGGGACCGUGGGCCACGAAAGGCGAGGCGCUAUUUUACUCCUGGUGAAAAUAGAAAGACUUCUGAGAGAUUUAAAACUCAGCCUAUAACAUCAGCAGAACGAAAGGAGACAGAUAGGUCAAUUUUGUAUGCAGAAAUACCAACUGCUGACGAUGAAGAAAAAAUGGACGACCGAGCUAAACUAAGUGUAGCUGCAAAGAGACUCCUUUUUAGAGAAAUGGAAAAAUCAUUUGAAAUGAAAAAUAUUCCCAAGCCACCUAGCAGAAGUUCGGCAGUGGAGAGGAGGCUGCGGCGCCUUCAGGACAGGUCUCACACACAGCCCAUCACCAGUGAGGAGGUGGUCAUUGCAGCUACUGAAACUACCCCUGCUUCACGUUCUGUGAAUACCCACACAGUAGUGACAAGAGUACCUAGUCCCACUGUAGUUAAGAGCACUGUACAACCUACCAGCUUGCAGGCAUCAGCACACCAAAAAAUUUUAGCUAAAGAGGAGAUAAGAGCAGCCAAAGAGGCGAUGGGGCAAGAUCAGUCUGAGGAGCCAGAUUCUUCCACCUUAAGCUUGGCAGAAAAGAUGGCUUUGUUUAACAAACUGUCUCAGCCAGUAUCCAGGGCCAUCACCACAAGGAGUCGGGGAGAUCUGAGGCACAGGAGAAUGAAUGCUCGUUACCAGACUCAGCCAGUCACUCUUGGAGAAGUUGAGCAGGUACAGAGUGAAAGUGGAAAGAUCGCUCCCCUGUCGUCGGCAGUUGCAACAUCGAUUUCAGCCAUGGCCUCUGCCCUGGCUCCCUUGUUCGGGGACCUGCCCGGGAAGCCGGGCUCUGAUGGCAGAGGCAGUGCUGCCACCAGGUUCCACCCUGCAGCAGAAAACUUGGACUCAUCAGGAAAACACACACACAAGUCAGAGCAGUGGCAGCCCUCAAUGGAAGCCCUAGAAAGCAGAAAAGCUCCAAAGAAACAUGAAGAAGAAAGAAAGAGGUUUCUAGCAAAUGAAGCUAAUGAAAUUAAAAAGUACAGCUCCUUUGAGGAUGAAACCGCACAUCCUGUUCCUGAAAAAACAGGAGACCACCAUAAAGAGACAACAUACAGCUUCCUGAGGAAGGGCAGCUUGGAACUGUUUGGUUCACAAGCACUUUUUCAGCCUCUGGAACAGAAGGAAAUCGAUGCUGUCAUGCAAGACCAUGCUGAGCCUUCCUCUGAACUCACCAGCACAUCAGCCAUGAGAACAGUUUCACAAACAGCAGCUGCAGCAUCCUGUAGACUGCAGGAGCUCUCUGAACAAUUGGAAGGCAAAUUUUAUAAGAAUUCCUGUGAGAUGUAUUCGAUGGGAGAGAGCAAAGCACAAACUGCUGAGGAUGUCCUCGAUAAUGCCAGCAAAACUAUGUCAAUUAAGGAAAGGUUGGCAUUGCUGAAGAAGAGUGGUGAAGAAGAUUGGAAGAGCAGGCUGAGCAAAAAGCAGGAGUAUGCAAAGGUGCCUGUCGCUGAUCGCAGUGCACAGAUGCAAGAAGUUGAGCAGCUGUUGAAGAAGCAAAGAAUGGCAGAUAACCAAGAGAGUCAAAUGACCAUUGAGGAGAGGAAACACCUGAUUACAGCUCGAGAAGAAGCCUGGAAGUCCAAGGGUAAAGGAGCAGCCAAUGACUCCACACAGUUCACUGUGGCUGGCCGAAUGGUAAAAAAAGGCCUGGCUUCUCCGAGUGCACUAACACCAGCAGCAUCCCCUUUCCGGCAGAAGUCCACCACUCCAGUUACAAAGCCCUUGGAAGAAAUUGAAGCCAGGCCUGAUAUGCAGUUGGAAUCAGAUAUGAAGCUUGACAAGUUGGAGUCAUUCUUGGGAAGGCUGAAUAACAAAGUUGCUGGGAUGCAAGAGACAGUGCUGACAGUUACAGGAAGAUCUGUGAAAGAAGUGAUGAAACUGGAUGAUGAUGAAACAUUUUCCAAAUUUUAUCGCCAUGUGGAUUUCCCUUCUUCCUCAGUGCCUUUGGACCUUGAUGAGGACUUCGAUGCCAUCUUUGAUCCUUAUGCACCAAAGUUGACAUCUUCUGUAGCAGAGCACAAACGUGCAGUUAGGCCCACACGCAGAGUCCAGUCCUCAAGAAACCCCCUGAAAAUGCUUGCAGCAAGACAAGAUAUUCUUCAUGAAUAUACUGAACAAAGACUGAAUGUUGCCUUCAUGGAGUCAAAGCGAAUGAAAGUAGAAAAAAUGUCUACAAAUUCAAAUUUCUCAGAAGUAGCACUUGCUGGCCUGGCAAGCAAAGAGAACUUCAGCAACAUUAGCCUGCGGAGUGUUAAUCUAACAGAGCAAAACUCUAACAACAGUGCUGUGCCAUACAAGAAGCUAAUGCUCCUGCAAAUUAAAGGAAGAAGACAUGUUCAAACAAGAUUAGUUGAACCAAGAGCCUCAUCACUGAACAGUGGAGACUGUUUCCUGUUGUUAACUCCACAUUUGUGUUUCUUGUGGGUAGGAGAGUUUGCAAAUGUCAUAGAAAAAGCAAAGGCUUCAGAACUUGCAACUUUAAUUCAGACAAAGAGGGAACUUGGCUGUAGAGCUUCUUAUAUACAGACUAUAGAAGAAGGAAUAAAUACCCAUACCCACGCAGCCAAAGACUUCUGGAAACUCCUUGGUGGACAGACAAAUUACCAGUCCGCUGGAAGUCCAGAAGAAGACGAAAUGUACGAAGCCGCAAUAAUAGAAACAAAUUGCAUUUACCGCCUUGUAGAGGAUAAACUCAUUCCUGAGGAUGACUACUGGGGAAAGGUGCCAAAAUGUACCCUGCUACAACCAAAAGAGGUGCUGGUGUUUGAUUUUGGCAGUGAAGUAUAUGUAUGGCAUGGAAAAGAAGUUACUUUAGCACAAAGAAAAGUGGCAUUCCAGCUGGCAAAACACUUGUGGAAUGGCACCUUUGACUACUCCAAUUGUGAUAUAAAUCCUCUGGAUCCUGGAGAAUGCAAUCCCCUCAUACCCAGAAAGGGACAAGGACGCCCAGACUGGGCUGUAUUUGGCAGACUCACAGAACAUAACGAGACGAUACUGUUCAAAGAAAAAUUUCUUGACUGGACAGAACUGAAGAAACUCAAUGAGAAGAAUUCAAGUGAAUCCCUUCACCAGAAGGAAGAAUCCAGAUCUGACUCUAAACCAUAUGAUGUCAUGCUAAUGGUAGCUGUGCCUCAAACAACUGUGGGCACAGUCUUGGAUGGAAUGAAUAUUGGCCGGGGUUAUGGACUGGUAGAAGGAGAAGAUGGCAGGCAGUUUGAAAUUAUCACUGCCUCUGUGGAUGUCUGGCAUAUCCUGGAAUUCGAUUAUAGUAGACUGCCUAAGCAAAGCAUAGGGCAGUUCCAUGAGGGAGACACAUAUGUGGUGAAGUGGAAGUACAUGGUGAGCACAACAGUUGGAAGCAGACAAAAAGGAGAGCAACAAGUACGGGCUGUUGGAAAAGAGAAAUGUGUGUAUUUCUUUUGGCAAGGAAGGCACUCCACAGUGAGUGAGAAAGGAACAUCAGCACUCAUGACAGUGGAACUUGAUGAAGAGAGAGGAGCACAGGUACAAGUGCUUCAAGGGAAAGAACCACCAUGCUUCUUGCAGUGUUUCCAAGGAGGAAUGAUUGUGCAUGCUGGAAGAAGGGAAGAGGAAGAAGAAAAUGCACAAAGUGAUUGGAGGCUUUAUUGCGUGCGAGGAGAAGUUCCCAAUGAAGGAAACUUACUUGAAGUAGCGUGCCACUGCAGCAGCCUGCGGUCCAGGACAUCCAUGAUUGUCCUCAAUAUCAACAAAGCUCUCAUCUACCUGUGGCAUGGCUGCAAAGCACAGGCUCACACCAAGGAUGUAGGAAGAACAGCAGCCAAUAAAAUAAAAGAACAGUGUCCACUGGAGGCAGGGCUGCACAGCAGCAGCAAGGUGACGAUUCAUGAAUGUGAUGAAGGGUCAGAGCCCUUGGGAUUCUGGGACGCACUGGGGAGGAGAGAUCGGAAGGCCUAUGACUGCAUGUUGCAAGAUCCUGGAAAGUUUAAUUUCACACCCCGCCUGUUCAGCCUCAGUAGUUCAUCAGGAGAAUUCUCAGCCACUGAGUAUGUUUACCCUUCAAGAGACCCUGCUGUCAUCAAUUCCAUGCCAUUCUUACAAGAGGAUCUUUACACUGCCCCACAGCCAGCCCUCUUCCUUGUUGACAAUCACCAUGAAGUGUACCUGUGGCAAGGCUGGUGGCCUGUGGAGAACAAAAUCACUGGAUCAGCUCGAAUCAGGUGGGCUACAGACAGGAAAUGUGCCAUGGAGACGGUGCUCCGGUACUGCAAAGGAAAAAAUGUAAAGAAGCCCCCCAAAUCCUAUCUAAUCCAUGCUGGUCUAGAGCCUCUGACAUUCACUAAUAUGUUCCCAAGUUGGGAGCACAGGGAAGACAUCGCAGAGAUCACAGAAAUGGACGCUGACGUUUCUAAUCAGAUAAUACUUGUGGAGGACGUGCUGGCCAAGCUGUGUAAAACAGUAUAUCCAUUAGCAGAUCUCUUAGCUAGGCCUCUGCCUGAGGGAGUUGAUCCACUGAAGCUUGAAAUUUACCUUUCAGAUGAGGACUUUGAGGUUGCAUUAGAGAUGACAAGAGAGGAGUACAAUGCACUGCCAUCUUGGAAGCAAGUUAACCUGAAGAAGGCAAAAGGACUUUUCUAAGCUGUGUUUAUGGAAGUGAGCACUAAAGGGAUGUCCACUCUCACUUUCUAUGUCCUUUAGAAGAAUUGUACCCUACAUUUACAGAACAAAUAAAAAUAAUCCGAAGUUAUUAGUGACUAUCUGGAGGUGUGUAAUAUUAUAAUAAAAGGCCAAGAGAACUCUUGAAAAUGGAAUUCAGUUUUGACUCUUAAAGGUAAUGUUUUUAAGCUCCAUUCUCCUAUGCACUUAAACAGUAGUUUCUUGAGCUACUGCUGCAGGUGUCCUUUGGCUAUAUCCAAUACUUGCCAUUUUUAUUUUUAAAGAAGUUCUCUUUGUAAAGUGUUAUUUUGUUAGUUUGUGGAUUACAAAGAAUUUAUAUUUAUAUAAACACAUAGAACAAGUAUGUAUUUAACAAUGCAAUAUGUAUUCACUUUCAAGACAUCCAUGUCAAAACUACAGAAAAGUAGCUGGAUGGCAGUUGCUUGUACUGAAUUAGCUAUACCACCAAUAUGUAUCUCCUUUGCAUUCUGAAAAGUUUCUCUUUGCAAUAGUUAAUGAAUUGUUCUCAGUGCUGCUUCAGGUGCUAAACUGAACAAAGCGUUUGUAUUUAUAGCAUGGAUUUCUUGAGAAACUAUGCGAAUCAACCUUUAUACUUUAUUAUCCAAAAAUGUAUAGUGCCUUGUUUUUUGUGUACAGUUUAUAUACAAAAAAAAAGAUUGGUCUGCAUUUUGAAGAUGGCUUAGAAUGGUCUCCUAUGUUACUUUUAUAAAAGUAGAAAUAAAAACAUCUCAGUUUCUAAUCCUUGUUGUAAACAUUAAACAUGUCUUUUGUGAUAUAAGAACCAAAAGUAAAAGCUUCUGAAUAAACUCUUAGCAAUGCUCUGACUUGUCAUUAAUUUGUACUGUAAUCUGUACUAGCAUUGGAACCUUCCCUAACAUAGUAUUUUCUCAAAAUAUUUUAACCUUUGAUGUCUGUGGGUAUUGUACAGAGUUAUAAUUUGAGAAGCAGAUAAUGUAGAAAAUAAUCAAUGUAUGAGAUAAAGUUGGGCAAAACUUUAAUGCUGAAUGUUGGAACCUGUCAGUCACUCAACUCUGUAUUCUUUGGGUUUCCCUGUUUUAUAUACAAAACCAAAAUUAUUAUGCUGGUUUUCAAAAUUUGAAAAAAUCUUUUCAACCUUUGUGCAAUUGGGAGUAAAAUUUGAAUUGAAAAUGA